AAUGCAUGAUUAUUUUUAUUCUCAUUGAUUUCUGAAUAACUACAUUAUAUUUUUAUUUUCUUGAUCAAUAAUAUAUUUGAAACAUAAAGUAAUACAAUAAAUUAACAAUAAAUCAAGAACAAUAUAGGAAAGUAUGAGCCUGAUGACGAAAAUCAUGAAAAUAAGAAAAAAUACGUCAUACUCCAAAUAGAAAGAUUCACUUCAUGAAUGAAUUAUCCUCAGCACUAUUUAAGACUUAAUAUAACUUAGAAACUUUCAAUUAUUUGAUAUUUGAAAAUGACGAUAUAAACACACAAUUUUUUUUAUAUCACUAUUGUCAAAUAUCAAAUAAUUUAAUAUUUUAAAGUUAUAAUAAGUUGUAAAGUUAUAAUAAGUUGUAAAUCGUUUUAACAUCGUAUAUAAUAAUAUUUUUGGAUAAUUCAACAAUUUUGAAUAUUUUCAGAUGUUUGGAUAUGAAAAUAUAUAUCCAAAUGGAUCCAAAUUAAAACUGAAAAUUUUCGUUUUUGAUAAAUAUUCUAACCAAUUAGAAAAUACUCAACCGGUACCAAAAGUACGUUGAACCGAAUAUUUGAUAGCAAAAAAAAAGAAGUGAAUUCAGACCGGUGGCCAUCCGUUAUUAUCUUAACGGACUCUCUGAACUCAGCUCAGGGAGAGAGAUGGCGAGUUCUAUUUUUUCAGUCUCUCAAGCGCCAUGUUUCAUCGCUAACAAUGGUAGUCAAAAAUCAUACACGUGGCUUUAUCAAUCAUCGCUGAGCUCGAACAGUAUCAUAGUUUCUUCAAAGCUUCAUCAUCCUCCUCGUCCACUAUCUUCUUCCACGGCCUCCGUCGUAGAAACUGAUGACGACGACGACGGACAGAAUGUCAGUGGUUGCAGAGGGUGCGGGAAGGAGGUGAAAGAGAAUGGUUGCAACGGCGACGGGCGGAUUCAAGGAGGCAUUGCUACUGUCCCUGGCUUCGGUUGGUGGCCCAUUAAGGCUUACCGGCCUUGUCCGGGGUUUGUGGAGGCCGGAGGUAGAUACCGCCGCAUAGGGGAGAGCAUGGACGAGGUUGCCUUUGGUCGUGGUGACUCUAAAUCCACCACUUGAUUUGUACUUAAGGUAGUAUGAUUCAAUAAAUAUAUGCACGUUCGUACAAUAUAAUCGGAAAGAUAAAAGAGUGGCGAGUAACUGAACCAAUCUCUUACCGUCACUAAGAUUUAUUGCAUUUGAGCAUAUCCAGAUUUAUAAAAGAAUUGGUAUCCCCUACAA